AUGUCAGUCCAAACUCUAGUGACUAAAAAGCGAAAGGAGUUCAUUGGACUCCCAGCACCCUUGGGAUAUGCUGCUGGUAUAGGACGUGGUGCUGUAGCGUUUACUACAAGAUCUGAUAUUGGUCCAGCCCGAGAAGCUAAUGAUGUUUCAGAUGAACGACAUGUCGCUCCAUCUAAACGUCGAAAGGAGCAGGAAGAGGAAGAGGAGGACCUAAACGAUUCAAAUUAUGAUGAGUUUACAGGCUAUGGUGGUAGUUUGUGUGCAAAAGAUCCUUAUGAGAAGGAUGAUCAAGAAGCAGAUGCUAUUUAUGCUUCUAUUGAUGAUAGGAUGGAUGAAAGACGGCGGGAGUACAGAGAAAAACGUUUUCGUGAAGAGAUCGAAAAGUAUCGUCGUGAAAGACCAAAGAUUCAACAACAGUUCAUGGAUUUGAAGCGUGAUUUAGCGAGUGUAUCUGAAAGUGAAUGGAAUGCUUUACCGGAAGUUGGCGAUUCACGAAAUAGGAAGCAAAGAAACCCUAGAUAUGAACGUUUUACUCCGAUUCCAGAUAGCAUAAUUGCAAAAGGCUUGUCUGAUGGUCAAACCAAUGUUUCUGUAGAUGUAAUUGAACAAAGUUUAGGAGGCUUAACUACACCGUUUACUUCACAAACAGCUCAAAUGGAUAUUGAUAUGAAGAAAAUUGGUGAAGCGCGUACUUCUUUGAUGGAUAUUAAGCUGACACAGGUUUCUGAUAGUGUAUCAGGGCAAACUGUUGUUGAUCCCAAAGGGUAUUUGACUGAUCUACAGUCUAUGAUUCCUCAACAUGGUGGUGAUAUAAACGACAUGAAAAAAGCUCGACUCUUAUUAAAAUCGGUACGCGAAACUAAUCCUAAACAUGCUCCUGCUUGGAUUGCAUCUGCUCGUUUAGAAGAAAUAGCUGGUAAACUCCAGGUUAGUUUAGUCAUAAACCAAUCUAAUAUUUAG